AUGUCUCUAAAAGAGCAGCUAGAUAACUUCAAGAAGCAGCAAGUAAAAUGCCACUCUACUCUCUCGAGCAUUGCUUCUUCAAGACAGGUGCCUUCUUCUUCUUUGAGGCGUCCCGUGGCUGCGGCUAUUAUCAGUGACAACAAGCCUAGUGCUCCUGUUAAGUUCUCAAGCGAUACAAAGCGGCUUCAGCUUAUCAACAGCGUCAGAAAAUCUCCUGUUGGAGCUCAAAUCAAGCGUGUCAUUGGUCUUCUCUUUGAGACAAGGCAAGCCUUGACGCCAGAGCAAAUAAAUGAAAAGUGUUACGUUGACAUGCAUGCCAAUAAGGCUGUUUUUGAUAGUAUGGUGAAAAACCCCAAAGCUCAUUAUGAUGGAAGAAGAUUCUCUUACAAGGCUGAGCACAAUGUCAAUGACAAGAGAGAGCUUCUCUCCUUGAUAAAUAAAUAUCCUGAUGGUAUUUCCGCGAGUGAUCUCAAAGACGCAUACCCUAACGUCAUGGAGGAUUUACAAGCACUGAAAGCUUCAGAAGACAUAUGGUUACUAUCAAACUCACAAGAAGACAUUGCGUACCCAAAUGAUUUCAAGUGUGAGAUCACCGUUGACGACGACUUCAAAACUCUGUUUCGCGACACAGAGGUCCCAAGCGACUUCCUGGAAGUGGAGAAGGAGUUAAAGAAGUACGGUUUGAAGCCGGUGACAGACACUACAGCGAGGAGAGCUGCUGAACAGAGGUACGGUAUAGUGAUCGAUAAAUCGAAGCAUAAGAAGAAGAGGAAACAAGAGAUCACUAAGAGAACUAAACUCACCAAUGCUCAUCUUCCCGAGCUUUUCCAGAGCCUUAACGCCAGCACUUCCCGGAACUGA